UUGAUGGGAUUGACAAAUUUACUGAGGGCCCUGAAGGCAGCGUGACACAACAAAGAAGAUGGCGUGUUGUAGAAACUGUUUUUGUUGCCAGUGUUGCUGCAGAGAAGGAGAGACACGGACCCCAGAAGAACUGACAAUUCUGGGGGAAAUCCAAGAUGAAGAAGAUGAGAUUCUUCCCAGGAAAGACUAUGAGAGCUUGGAUUAUGACCGCUGCAUCAAUGAGCCAUAUGUGGAUGUUCUGGAGGGGAUGGACAACAAGAAAGCCAGAAAGUAUGAGGCAGUGCGGUGGGUGAUGGUCUUCCUGAUUGGGGUUACAGUAGGUCUGGUUGGCCUGUUUGUGGACUUCUUUGUCCAUCUUUUCUCCAAAAUCAAAUUCAGUGUGGUUGGUGAUUCUAUAGAGACGUGCACUGAUAAAGGGUGUCUGUCUCUGUCUCUGCUGGAACUCCUCUCAUUCAACAUGAUGUUCGUCUUCAUUGCCAGUGUGCUCGUCCUCAUUGAGCCAGUGGCUGCAGGUUCGGGAAUUCCAGAGAUCAAAAGCUACUUGAACGGAGUGAAGAUUCCUGGAAUCGUCCGGCUGCGAACUUUUCUCUGCAAAGCAGCUGGAGUCCUGUUCAGCGUGGCUGGAGGUCUGUUUGUGGGUAAAGAGGGACCCAUGAUUCACAGUGGAGCCAUUGUGGGAGCUGGUCUCCCUCAGUUUCAGAGCAUCACUUUCAAAAGGAUAAAGUUUGAUUUCCCCUACUUCCGCAGUGACAGGGACAAGCGAGACUUUGUUUCUGCUGGAGCUGCUGCAGGAGUCGCUGCUGCCUUCGGGGCUCCAAUAGGUGGCACCCUUUUCAGCCUGGAGGAGGGCUCAUCCUUCUGGAACCAGGCGCUCACUUGGAAAGUGCUCUUCUGCUCCAUGUCGGCCACUUUUACCCUCAACUUCUUCCGCUCGGGAAUCAACUUUAACAAGUGGGGUUCGUUCCAGCUGCCUGGUCUGCUUAACUUUGGAGAGUUCAAGUGUCCAGAUGGAGAUAAGAACUGCCACCUGUGGACAGCAGUGGACCUGGCCUUCUUUGUCCUGAUGGGUGUGGUGGGUGGCCUGCUGGGGGCGCUCUUCAACUGCAUGAACAAGUGCCUGGCCAAGUAUCGUAUGAGACACAUCCACCCCAAGGCCAAGUUCAUCAGAGUUCUGGAGAGUCUGCUAGUUGCCAUGGUGACAACACUGGUGAUAUUUGCAGCUUCCAUUCUGUUGGGUGAAUGCCGUGACCUUUCCACCCCGACAACCCACAACAACACACUGGCCGGCAGUGAAGACAUCAACUCAACCAUUCGACAGUUCUUCUGCUCCAACAAGACCUACAAUGACAUGGCCACGUUGUUCUUCAACCCUCAGGAGGCCGCCAUCCACCAGCUCUUCCAUCAGGAUGGAACCUUUAGCCCGGUGACGCUGUCCGUGUUCUUCCUGCUCUACUUCCUGUUGGCCUGCUGGACGUAUGGGGUGUCCGUUCCCAGCGGUCUCUUCGUCCCCUCGCUCCUCUGUGGAGCAGCGUUUGGGCGUCUGGUCGCAAACAUCCUCAAAGUGAAACUGGGGAUGGACAUCUACUCUGGGACGUUUGCACUGAUCGGUGCUGCUGCCUUCCUCGGAGGCGUGGUCAGAAUGACCAUCAGUCUCACCGUCAUCCUCAUCGAAUCCACCAACGAGAUCACGUAUGGGCUGCCCAUCAUGAUCACAUUAAUGGUUGCCAAGUGGACCGGAGAUUUCUUCAACAAGGGCAUCUAUGACAUCCACAUCCAGCUGAGAGGAGUCCCGCUGCUGGAGUGGGAGACGGAGGUGGAGAUGGACAAGCUGACAGCCGGUGACAUCAUGGAGCCCAACUUGACCUACGUUUAUCCCCACACCCGAGUCCAGUCUCUGGUCAGCAUCCUGCGCACCACCGUGUACCACGCCUUCCCCGUGGUCACUGAAAACCGGCAGAACGAGCGGGAUUUCAUGAAGGGAAACAUCCUUAUCAGCAACAACAUCCGCUUCAAGAAAUCGAGCGUUGUGUCCCGCGCGGCCGAACAGCGACGGCGGUGCCAGUCUAUGAAGUCGUACCCAUCCAGCGAGCUGAGGAACGUCUGUGAUGAGCAGAGCGCGGUGGCUGAGCCCGCGGAGGAGGGGGAGGACAUUCUGCAGCAGAUGCUAGAGAGAAGGCAUGCUCCCUACCCCAACCUGUACCCAGACCAGUCUCCCAGCGAGGAGUGGACCAUGGAGGAGCGCUUCAGACCGCUCACCUUCCAUGGCCUCAUCCUGCGCUCCCAGCUGGUCAACCUGCUCAUCAGAGGGGUCUGCUACUCUGAGAACCAGUCGAGCGCCACUCAGCCCAGGUUGUCAUACGCAGAGAUGACCGAGGAUUACCCACGUUACCCCGACAUCCACGACCUGGACCUGGCCCUGCUUAAUCCCAGGAUGAUAGUGGAUGUCACCCCCUACAUGAACACCAGUCCUUACACAGUCUCACCCAACACGCGGAUCUCCCAGGUGUUCAACCUGUUCAGGACCAUGGGACUGAGGCACUUACCGGUGGUCAACGCUGUUGGAGAAAUAGUUGGAAUAAUCACAAGACAUAAUUUAACCCACGAGUUCCUGGUGGCCAAACUGCGACAGCACUACAUCACCAUUUGACCCGGCUCUCUGCCACAUCUCCGCUCAGCCUGAUUUUCUUUGGUUUGUCUGUACAAUAAUACACCCCCUAUGUGGUACAGCAGGUAGCACAGGUCUCCUAUGAGGCGGUUCAGCUGGAUUUCACUAGUCUCACCUGGUGGGAGUGGACACAUGAAGAUGAAUCCAAACUGUAUGGAUGACAUGAAUAGUUGCCGUGUGUUCAGACUGAGAGCAACAAAUCUGAGGGGUUACUGAUAUGAAACAACAUUAGAGCCAUUAGCUAGAAGUGUUAGCAUCACUGCAGCUGCAUUAGUUCAGAAAUUAAACUGAAACAGCCAUCGAUGCUGAAUGUCAGCUUUAAAAUGAAGCUACGGGAAUUAUGAAUGAGGA